UACUCAGACAACGGAACGAACUUCGUAGGAGCUUCACAAUUAUUAGCCAAAGAUCGACGAGAAUUUGUAAAAAUCCUUAAAACCGAAGUCACAGCCAGUUAUACCCAUCAAAACGUCAACUGACACUUCAACCCUCCCGGAGCUCCACAUAUGGGUGGACUAUGGGAAGCCGGAGUAAAAAGUUUGAAAACUCAUUUAAAAAAGGUAUCAAAAAUCCAGAAAUUCACCUUUGAAGAAUUAGCUACCCUACUUACCCGCAUCGAGAGUUGCUUAAACUCACGUCCAUUGAGCCCUUCAAGCGAUGAUCCAACUAAUUUGGAACCUAUAACCCCAGGACACUUCCUUAUAGGUGCCCCGUUACUCACCCCUGCCGAACCCAACUUGGACGACGAAAAUUUAAGCAUCGCAAACAGAUGGCAGAAUUUAAAAAUACUCCACCAGCAUUUCUGUAAAAGAUGGAAGGAGGAAUACUUAAGGGAACUCCACAAGCGAUAUAAGUGGAAAUACCCUCAACGAAACAUUGAAGUGGGUGACUUAGUCGUCAUUAGAAAUGAAAACUUACCCCCAAACGAAUGGAAACUAGGCCGAAUCGAGAAGGCCUAUUUCAGUUCGGACAACAAAACCCGGGUGGUCGAAAUUCGCACCGCUCAAGGCAUUACAACCCGCCCAUCACAAAAGUCGUGAUAUUGAACACCCAUUAACCUAUAAGUUUUCUUUCUUUGUAGAAAAAUGGCACCAACUAACGUUUCCCGGAACUCCGCAGCAAACAGCAGCACUCGGCGAAGCAGCCCAACCUCCACCAUCCGCUGCCUAAGCAUGACCCGCAGCAUUUCACCUAUAUCGGAUAUAGAAACCCUCUCUAAGCGUGCACAACGCUUCCGUGCAACCCUUUCUCCUAUACGUGAGGAAAAGGAAAGUGGUAUCCAUCGCACGGCCCGACCCAAAAUCACUCACACUCGUCACCAUAAGUACGACCCACACCGCCAUGUAGCAUGCGGUUUAUGCAAGAAGGACCAUCGCUUGGUGACUUGCACAAAGUAUACUAACAUGAAUAUUCAUGAGAAGUACAACGCAGUCAUCAAGACCCACUAUUGCAGAAAUUGCUUGGCCAGGUCACACAAACACACAAAAAUGCACAAGUGAGAAGAGGUGUUCGACGUGCAAUGGAAAACACCAUUCUUCCCUUCACGGCCGCCCAAGAUUCAACACCGAGGUGGAUACAAAACACCAGAAAAAAGAAAAAACUCACGCUCCACCAGUUAAUACUAAAAUACCGUCAUUACUGGCCAAGCAGACCCUAAUACCGACGGAAAUCGUUCGGCUCAAGCAUGCCGGCAUAUGGCAUAAGGUUCGAGCCUUAAUAAACCCGACCCAAAAAUUGACAACCGUUGCAGACGAGCUGGUGAGAAAGCUAUCAUUGCCGAUCACAUUCCUCAACGCUCAUCGUAUAUGCAACAUGCACUAACGGAUAACAAAUUUCGCAUCGAGUGUAACAGUUUGAUCACUAAGGAUCUACCCAAACAGCCGUAAGCAAAAACCCGAUUCGAUCACUUAGUCCUCGCUGACCCCAAGUUCACGUCCAAUGGGAACCUCAAUUUGGAAUUAGGAGCCGACGUUUACCCACUCAUCCUCAGAAGCGGAGUGUUUAAUCCGGACAAUGGCAUGGUCGUAGCCCAGAACACAGCAUUUGGUUGGACCCUAACUGGCACUAUAUAAAAUAGCCCAAUCUACCCUAAGUAUACUUCGCUACUGAAAAUUUCCCAAUUUAAAUCAACUGAGUUAUAUGUCUAUCCACCCCACUAAUUUCUAUUUUAUUCGCAGAUUUUGCUAGGUGGCCGGGAUGUUUAUUCCAAAUAAACACAUCCCUGCAUUAUGCUCCUGAACUCCGAAAAGCGAAGGAAGGAUAAUGCAGGAAUGAAAAACCGCGCCAACUUAACUCCAAGAAAGACAGUUUUUAUAAAACUACCCGCGCAUCAACACGCAAGCGAUAGCAGCCUCAAUAGAAGACAGCAACAACAAUCAAUAACAUAUACAACACGGAAAACAUAACGUUAAACAGGUCAAUAUAAAUAAAACCUAACUAACUCAAAUACAAUAAAUACACACAUAACACAAUUAACCUCAUUGUACA